GCUGAGCUGAUUUGUUUAGUUUAGUAAAUUUUUGUGUAUAUUGUGUGCAAUUUCUGUGUAUAAUCUUAACCUGCUAAGGAACCGGUAACUAUUGCUAUUGCUGUGCAAAGCUGUGGAGUAAAGAUGAGCUUUCCAUCAGAAAUAUAAGACGGGGUGUCAAACAGCAAAACUAUAGGAAUUAUGAAGCAAAACUAUAUAUAGAAAAAAAAGCAGACGGUGCUGCAAGAGGAGGAUAAACACCAGUCAACCACAAGCAACUGACACAAAUGAUAAGCUCAACAGUUUUGCAAGACUAAAUGAAGCUAAAUGAAGAGUUUAUUGUGCCUUUAUAAAAACUGAUGGUACAUGCAUGACCUUCUUUACUUUUAGCAGCAGCUUUGAAUGAGGCACAGGGAGAGAGAGAGAGAGUUCCCAUAUCACACAAAUGUCCAUGCUCCUAUAACAAAAUUCUUUUUUUUUCCUACUUGGUGCGAUGUGUGGGUUCCUAUGUCUCUAUUAUGAUUGUAAUCUUUUCUUAUGAGCAGCCAGCCUUAUCUCUGACAUUUUGCCAUAGCGUGUAUCAGUCUGUGAGCUUUUGUUUCUACAGGAUGUGUCGCACGCUGAAUUAACUGCUGUGUUUUACAUGACAUGCUCAGUCACUUCCUACACAUCUGCUCAAACCAACCCCAUCCCCUGUGAUGAUCGUCUCACACUCGACCAGACACGGACAACUGAUAAGACUUCAGAGGGAAAUUGGCCUAAACUCACAAUGUUGCAUCCUUGAAAACUCAGAGGAGGCUGAUGCCAGCAAACAGUUUGUCGAAGGCUGCAGUCGAAAAAAAUUCAGCACAGCUCUGCCACAACAGGAAACAAGAGAAAAAAGCGCCACUGUCACACGAGUGAGACCUGCAGACCUGCGUUGAUGAAGCUGUGUGUGAACUGAUACGAUGGACAGCCCGUCCUCCAUAGUGAGGCGGCGAGCCUGGAUCAACAGCAGCCGACAGUGGCCCACUCUGGAGGAACCGGAGGGGCCGUCGUCCCGAUUCCUGUCGGCCUCAGUAGCAGACGAUGACGUGUUUUCUGAUGGAUGCUUCACAGGAAAGAUUGAGAACUGGCUUCUUGGUUGUGGGUCAGAAAUCUGUCCCGAGAACACCAGCCGGCUGAGUUUUGAGUCUGCACUCAAAACCAACAACUGUGAUGAUGACCUGAGCCUCGGCGCUGAUGCUUCUGUAGUAAGAGGUGGAGACAUUUCAUGUGAAGCAGGCCGUGCACCGCAUCCAUCCCUGAAACGACACAGCAGCAGCACGUCUCGUCCAGGAUUAUCUUUGCCAUCACUGAGCCUGGGCAUCAGCAUGGCCUCCAGCUGCCUCUCCUCGUCCACCUGUAAAACCACAUCAAGUGUUUCAGAGGUCCUGCAGAUGUGUUCAGAAGAUGCAGAGGAGACACUGUUUGAGUUGGGCUUUGGCUCCGAUGAGCCACAAGUCCAUGUACGCAUCCCACCUCGCUUCUUUACCUUCCCCUCUCAGGCUCAAGGCAUCAACUUCCGCCUCUUUCUUGACUCACAGCUACGGCGAAUACGAGAGGAGGACCCCAGCCUCUCUCUUGCAAGUCGCUUCAGACAAGUCCAGGUGCUCACAGCCAUGGCCAAUGCCUUUUACUCCCUCUACUCCCACGUGUCGCGCACUCCUCUCCAGAAACUGGCCACACCGGAGUUUACCUUCUCGUCUUCCAUGGAGAGGAUCGAACGUUUCAGAAGCAGCAUUCGCAGUGAGCCACGCUCUCCGGUGGAGAGGCUGAAAGACACCGUCUCCAAGAUGUGCCUCUACACCGGUUCUCCCAGAGGCUCAGACUCCACUUCUCCACAGCCUUCACCCAGGAAGAGAUCCAGCCUCCCAGAUGUUGUGGAUUUAUUGCUGGUGAAAGCCAAGACUGGAGGUGGCAAGAAACUGGAUUUUGAGGAAUAUAAGAGGAGCAGCGUUAGUCAGUUAGGUUCAAAUGACGGGAAAUCUUGUAACAGAGGGGAAGAGGAGAUAACGCAUCCUAACAUGGAAGACACAGGAAAUCUUCAACAUGCAAAUAAGGGGAUGCACAGCAGUAAACACUCUGCUGAUGCUGCUGAAAACAUCAUCCACCGAACACACAAUGAGAGCAGGACAUCUGUAGACUCGUCAGUAUCAGGAGAAACUGUGAUACAGCCUAGUGAUCACUUUUUUUCAUGCCACGACACAAAUUCCCCUCAAAGUGACACAAGGACAACAGCUGAGAUAAAGCCCGUUGCCAGGGUUACUCACGAUCUAAUCUGCCCCCAGAUAGCCGAGAAGGUACAUCAGGCAUCCUUCUGUACUCAACACACAGAUACAGAUACAUCAUGUGCAAGUAAAAAUAAACCCCACAUACAAGUCCCUAUCUCAUGCUCGGGUGAUAUUACCUCUACAGCAGAGUCCAGAUCACUUCCUGUCCUGGCCCAAAGUGGCACCUACACUCAUUACUGCAUCACUGUGACGGGCUGGGAGGGGGACAACACCUCUGCUUCGUUAUUGAACACACGGGAUUCCAGCAAUACCUUAAGCCUCCCGCCAGUCCACGCAGGCGAGGAGCCGUUAAACGAGGGGAAAACCUCGUACCUGACUCCUGUGACACCUCAGGGCCUGGGAUUUCUCUCCAAUAACCUGCAACAAGUUAACUCUUUUGAGCUGGAGGAGGUGCACAGUGCAGGGGAGGAAGAUUUGAGUCAGUCGGACACAACAACAACCUCGCCGUUGUCCACCAAACAUCAAAACAAAGGUGAAGUGACCCGCGGGGACAGCGUGCAGUCAGACAGCAGCGGCUACGCGGACGAAGAAGUCAGUUCCUCUUCAGACAGACACGGCAAAUGACAAGAAACGGAGUGAAACAACGUUCAAAGGCGACGUUGUUUUUCUAGCCUUUGGAGUGAAGAUUUGUCUCUCUACAAGUCAUGGUUUUGAAAACCAUCCAAGUAAUAGCCUAGAGCCAAAGGAUUGAAAUGUCUCUUUCUUUGGAGAGGACUUGCAUAAGAAUUUCAUCAGCUCGACACUGAAGGACAGUCCCGUCCCCCCCACCCCCCAGUGCUCAUACUACAAAUAUUGUAAGGAAUAAACAUAAAGUUGCUAAAAGGGCUUUAAUGAAACUGUGGAGAUCAUAUUUUAGAGUAAUGAGGCAGUCUGGAGUUACAUCAUGUCCAGUGUAUCACACACAAGAGAAUGCAGUAAAUUUACAUCAAAUGUUUUAUUGGAAACAAAGUCAAUUUCACAUGGAGCUCAAACUUUAAAAACUGGGAAACAUUUCUUUGACGAUGACAAAAAAACAACAGCAGCACUAAUACUGUGUCAGCACCUGAAAUUUAAAAAUGAAUUUCAUUUAUCAGAAAAAAAAGGAACACGCAGAUCUGCCAUUUCAAAGAGAAUGAGGUUCAUUUUGUGUCGGCCUUCAUUGUGCAAAUAACAAUGUCCUUUUAAGUAGAACAAAAACGGUUCACUCUGUUCAAUAUUUAUUUCAGCAGAGUGGAAACCAGAAUGUCAGCAGAUUAGCAAGUACAGUACAAUAAAGGUGAUGAUGAAACUUU